AACGAGAAGAAGAAAUAAAAUCCCCUCCCCUCUAUCUUCUUCUUCUUUUUUUUUUUUCUAAUGUUAAAAUAAAUAUAUAGAUAUAGAUAAAUAAUAAAAUAAACGCCAAAAUAUAGAAAUAAAAAAAACAUAAAAACCCGGGGCAGCCAUCAUCAUGGACAAAGGCGGCACGAUCGUGGUGGUGUUCUUGCUCUGUUUCGCCGCCGUGAGAGCGGAGGACCCCUACUUGUUCUACACAUGGAAGGUCACCUACGGCGUCAUAUCCCCGAUGGGGAUUCCCCAGCAGGGUAUCCUCAUCAACGGGAAAUUCCCGGGUCCCAGGAUUAAUUGCACGUCCAACAACAAUAUCAUUGUUAACGUGUUCAACGAGAUUGACAAGCCUCUUCUCUUCACCUGGAGCGGGAUCCAGCAGAGGAAGAACUCGUGGGUGGAUGGCACUCCAGGGACAAUGUGCCCCAUCAUUCCGGGCACAAACUUCACCUACAAGUUCCAGGUGAAGGACCAGAUCGGGAGCUAUUUUUACUUCCCGACCAUAGGCCUUCACCGUGCGGCCGGAGGGUAUGGACCGAUCAAUGUCCAUAGCCGCGCUCUCAUCCCCGUCCCGUUCGACUCUCCUGCGGAAGAAUUUGACGUUUUCUUGAGUGAUUGGUACACGAAGGGACACAAGACGUUGAAGAGGAUUUUGGACAGCGGCCGGUCCAUCGCCAGGCCUGAUGGCCUUGUGAUCAAUGGGAAGCACGGGAAGGUCGGCGAUAACGAUGCGCCGCUUUUCACCAUGGAAUCCGGAAAGACUUACAGGUACAGGUUUUGCAAUGCGGGGAUGAGGACGUCGGUGAACUUCAGGUUUCAGGGGCACACAAUGAAGCUGGUGGAGAUGGAGGGUUCACAUACGGUGCAGAACAUUUACGACUCCCUGGACCUUCACGUCGGCCAGUGUCUCUCCGUUCUUGUGACCGCGGAUCAAAAGCCUAAGGAUUACUACUUGGUCGCCACAAGCAGAUUCUUCAAGAAGCAAUACUCCACGGUGGCUGUUAUCGGUUACGCUGAAGGGAAAGGCGUACCCGCUUCCCCGGAAAUCCCUCCCCCUCCCAAGGAAAACACCGAAGGCAUCACGUGGUCAAUCAACCAGUUCCGAUCCUUCAGGUGGAACCUCACCGCCAGCGCUGCCCGGCCGAACCCGCAGGGAUCCUACCACUACGGCCAGAUCAACAUCACCCGCACAAUCCGAAUCUUAAACUCCAAGGUCCAGGAAGGUGGAAAGCUCCGAUACGCGCUCAACGGCGUCUCCCACGUCGACCCCGAGACCCCGCUGAAGCUCGCGGAGUACUUCCAGGUCCCGGAGAAGGUCUUCGAGUACGACGUCAUGAGCGACGCGCCGCCGUCGGAUCUCAAGAAGAUCAAAAUCGCCGCGAACGUCGCCAACGCCACGUUUCGCAACUUCGUGGAGAUCGUGUUCGAGAACCGGGAGCGGAGCAUCCAGACGUACCACCUGGACGGGUACUCGUUCUUCGCGGUGGGGAUGGAGGCGGGGAGGUGGGGCCCGGAGAAGAGGAGGAACUACAACCUGGUGGACGCGGUGAGCCGGCACACGAUCCAGGUGUACCCCAACUCGUGGGCGGCGGUGAUGACGACGCUGGACAACGCCGGAAUGUGGAACCUGAGGUCGGAGAUGUGGGAGAAGACGUACCUGGGGCAGCAGAUGUACUUCAGCGUGCUGUCUCCGGCGAGAUCUUUGAGGGACGAGUACAACUUGCCGGACAACCAGCUUCUCUGCGGAUUGGUCAAGGGCGCCACCAUGCCACCGCCGUACACAAUAUAAAUACAUUUGAAUUUUUAAGAAGUUGAUGAUUAAUUUAUUUUUUAGAAAUUUUUAAAAUUCAAGACUUCGAUUAUUAUCAAUCAAAAAAGAAAGGGAAGGGAAGUGU